GAGUUUAUGUGUGUCCUCUUGGGGUGCAAUCUGUCAAACUUUGAGAGAGAAGCCUGUGUUGGCUGUGCUGAAGCUGAGCUGCUCUAGAGAGUGAUGGAAAUUCCCAGUUCCCUACCCAUCUCCUCUGGUGAGAAUGACCAGGCUGCCUGUACAUCCUCUCGUCCUUUGGGCCAAAUACUACUGUGGACAGCUCUGCUAUUCCUGGGAUGUAUCAAGACUUCAUUUCUCCUACUCGUUCCUGUAGCUGGAACAUCUGGCAGUACACCAGAUCUCCCCAAGGCAGUGAUGAACCUUGAGCCCCCCUGGGUCAAUGUGUUACGUGACGACUACGUGACUCUGAAGUGCCAUGGGGCCCACACCCCUGGAAACGACUCCACCCAGUGGUUCCAUAGAGGGAGACUCAUCCCAUCUCAGGUGCAGCCCAGCUACAGCUUCAAGGCCACCGUCAAUGACAAUGGGGAGUACAGGUGCCAGACUGACCAGAGCAGCCUCAGUGACCCUGUGCAGCUGGACGUGCAAAUGGAUUGGCUGCUGCUCCAGACCCUUCACUGGGUGUUUCAGGAGGGGGACUCCAUUGUGCUGAGAUGCCACACUUUCAGGAACAAGACUCUGUACAAGAUCACUUUCUUCCACAAUGGGAUAUCCAAGAAGUAUUCUCCUAACAACCCCAACUUCUCCAUCCCACGAGCAAACGCCAGUCACAGUGGAGAUUACUACUGCACAGGAUUCCUAAAGGAGAAGCACACAUCAAAAUCUGUGACCAUCACUGUGCAAAGGACUAAGACGGAGAGCUCUUCUUCACUGGGCGUGAUGGUUGCGGCUGUGGUCUCUGGGAUUGUUGUGCUGAUCAUUAUUGCCACCGGGGUAACCUUGUUCUGCCUCAGGCGAAAACAGACUUCAGCCAAUUUCCCCGAUACUGAGGAAGCUGCCAAAAUGGAGACUGAGAAAGCAGUCACCUAUUCCCUCCUCGAGCAUACAGAAUGUCCAGAGGAAGAAAUCGGAUCCCUGGAUUACCAGAACAGUGCUUAAGCUCCACUGUCCUUCCUUGGGACUUGGGGAAGACAAUCAGAGAGAUGACGAUCUGGUGUUUACUGGCCUGCGUUUCCUUUGGGAAGGACAAGAGGAUCCUUCAUUCCAAGGCAGGGGAAGGAUUCUUUCAGAGUUAUCCAUGUGAGUCAUGAAGCUUGCUGUUCUGAGAAACACAAACCAUCCGGUCCCAGAUGAUCGACUUUGCAGAUUCCUCCUGUUCUGCAGCCCUUCUUGUCAUCGCGACCCUUGUAUUCCUUCCGGGCAAUAAAAUUACGGUAGCAGCAACAAAGAAAAUGCUUGUUACGGGUUAUUGUUAGUUGCCCUCAAGUCAAAAUAGAUAUGUAAGUCUGUAUGAUCUUGGAAAUGUUAAAGUAGGCAAAUAUAGUCUAGACUAUUAAAAGCGGUUGUUUCAGCAGGCAUUAUCAGUAAUUUAAUUUUAUUUCUUUUUCUAUAAAGAUAAUAGCAUUGCUUUUAUAAGACAUUGUAAAAACAGCAUGCCAUUUGCCUUGCAACAACUAUAUUGGCAGCAGUGUAGACUGAUCUCUGGAGUCUUGUUUCUUUUCAAUGAUAAGACUCUUGGGAAGGUAGCGAUGGAUAAAGGAUGGGCGCAGGGAAGAUAGAGGUUUAGGGUGUAGGGUGAGUGCAGCUUUUCCUAAAAUGGAAUAGUCUUCCGCCAAUAAACUUGUAGUUUUGUUGACAUGUCUUCUUUCACAACAAGCAGAACAAUUGCUUCACUUAGUAGCACAAGUUCUUAGGAAGCCAAGCUUCAGAUGAGUCACCAGUGGGAACUGCUGAAUCUUCAGACUUUGAUUUUCUCUCCUUACUAGAAGUUGCCAGGAGAAGAGAUUCUCGAAAAGCCAUCUUUAGUAGCUUUCUUAGCAGAUGCCCGUUUGCUGGAACUCUAACACAGCAUCAUUGGGCAACAUGUGUCUUGCUUUUGGGAUUCAACGGCUUCCUCUGUUGGGUGCUUGCCACAACUUUUUGUAAUACACUCAUUUUAUAGUCCCACGAUCCGUUUUCCAUGCUGUCAUAUUGUCAUCAUAAUAAAGAAUAAUUACAAUUA